AUGAGACAAGUUCGAUCGCAAGAGACAAAUGAGGACCGUGAGCACCGUUUAGCUUACAAUAGAGAACAAACUGCGGAAUCUCGGGCAUCAGAGUCCAGUUUUAAUAAUGAAACGCGCUUAGCUACAGAUCGCGAACGUCACGCGUUGUCUCGCGCUUCGGAAACAUUAACAAAUUACUCUCAGCGUUUAAAAGUAGACCGUGAACGUCAUAUCGAGUCUCGAGCUUUAGAGACGUUUACGGAGCAUUCAGAAAGGUUGACUGCAGACCGUGAACGUCAUGCUGAAAGUCGCGCUUCAGAAACGUUUACGCAAUAUUCAGACCGCUUGACAGCAGACCGUGAGCGUCAUGCUGAGUUUCGCGCUUCGGAAACAUUUACGGAGUGUUCAGAACGGUUGACUGCAGACCGUGAACGUCAUGCUGAGUCUCGCGCUUCAGAAACGUUUACUCAAUAUUCGGAACGCUUGACUGCAGACCGUGAGCGUCAUGCAGAGUCUCGCGCUUCAGAAACGUUUACUCAAUAUUCCGAACGCUUGACUGCAGAUCGUGAGCGUCAUGUCGAGUCUCGCGCUUCGGAAACAUUUACGGAGUGUUCAGAACGGUUGACUGCAGACCGUGAAAGUCAUGCUGAGUCUCGCGCUUCAGAAACGCUAACUCAAUAUUCGGAACGCUUGACUGCAGACCGGGAACGUCAUGCAAGAUCACGUGCUUCGGAAUCAUUUACUCAAUAUGAAGCGAGGUUAGCAGCAGAUAGGGAGAGCCGUUCGGUAAGUAGGACACAUGAAACCCAGCAGGAGCAUGACUUACGCUUAGAAUUGGCAAGGGGGAUAUUAUGA